AUGGCCGCCACAUUGUGGGCAAGCGAGGACGAAGCCGUGUGGGAAAGCCAUCUCGACGCGAUCGAGCAGCGCAUGAGGGCCAGCGGCAAGACGACGAAGUAUGGGAGCCUGAAGGCAAAAUUGCAGCGCGGCAAAAACUUUCCGUCGCGCCGCCGCCGCCAAGAAACGCACGCACCACGCAGGCCCUGCACAAGAAGUGGACCAAUUUACAAGGCCAGUCCGAGCUCAGCAAGGAAGAUCUAGUACAGGUCGUCGGCUACAAGCUGACGCGCGGCAAGAUGCGGCCGCUCAUGCGCUUCGCCGAAGCUAUGCAUGACAACGAGGUGCGCAAAGCGAGCAAGGCCGCCAUCGCCGCGAUCCCCGACGCGAGAAAAGCCUGCGACGCGCUCACGGCGCUGACGGGAAUUGGGGUGGCGACGGCGUCGGUCUGCCUCGCGGCCGUCGACGACCGCCUCCCCGUUAUGAGUGAUGAAGCUCUAGAAGCGGUCCUCGGCGAGCCGGAGCACUCGAAGAAGUACGACCUCGAUUCUUAUCAGAGGCUGCUGGAGGCCUGCUCGGCGAAAGCGAAGAAGCUCGGGGGCUUGUGGACGCCGCGCGCCGUCGAGGAGGCGCUCUUCUCCGCGUCCCUCGAACAGCCCGCCGCCAAACGCAAGCGCGGCGACUAG